AUGUCUGGUCCUUACCGGCCUGGAUAUCCCGGAAAUGCAGGAACACCGUUAAGUCCUGCUUCACAAGCAAAUCAACCAGUCUCGUUUAAAACCGACAUUAAUCGCAAGAAGACGAAGAAAUGGGUAGCUGCCAAGUCUUACUCCUACGACGGCGAUGAUUGGGGUGACGACGACGACGAAGAGGAGGAGGAAGAAGACCAAGUAGAAGAAGCGCCACCGGUACCAGAUACGUCGCGUUCCGCUCCUGCUGUGCAACAGCUGGUACCAAAUCCUGUCGCGCCCGCAAAUCCGAAUGUCGAAUCCGCACCAAGACAAGCGCCAACUUUUGUUCGACCUGCAGAUAUUUACAAACGGAUGCAAGAGGAGAAAAAAAGGGAGCGCGCGUCGCAGGAGUCUGGGAGAUCGAAUACAGUACCCGCAGAAGGUGCGGCCGCUUCUUUUGCUCCGACUCCUGAGGUUCAUCAAAACACCAGCAAAAAUGUGCCAUCGCAACAACCACCGGGAGAUACACGAUCACCAUUACCAUUAGUCAUACCCGAAGUCAAACGGUUGUCUGGAUUCGGGCAAGAUCUUUUUGGUAACACGAGCCAACCUGACCAAGCGGCACAACCUACACAUAGUCUAGAAGCCCCAGAGGCAGUUAAAGGUUCGUCUUUGCAUCAUAACCCAUCUCUCGGCUUCACCUCUGUGGUUCAUCAAGCAUUUGAUGUGGAAGAAACGCCUACCUCCAGUUCUGGAGGCUUCAGCCGCUCAAACAGUGAUGGCACGUCCGUCAUUAGUCCGAUUAUCAGUCCGUGGAAGUCGGAGACUGACAAGACGCCUACAAUUGCAGAAGAUCCUACGGCGGAAGCGUCUGCACAAGAACCACCUGCAAACUUCAAACUUGGUCAUCGAUGGGACUUGAGCAUACCCUCUCCCGGGAACGGACCGGAUCGAGUUCCAACGAUUGCCAAUGCUGAUGAAGGACAAUCUGCUGUAGUUAGGUCAUCAUCUCAAGAUAGCUAUACUGCUUCCGAGAGGGAUGAUCCCGAGUCUCCAGCUGCCAGGGAGCAAACUAUGUCUGGGGAAGCUACUCCCCGUCCCUUAUCGGCCGUUCAGCAGAGUUUCGAUCAAUUGAAAUUAGAGCCUACCUCAACAGAGAGCGCCAUUCAGCUACCAAGCGAGGAGAGUCACCCACACGUACCAUCACCACUUCAAAUACCAGAUGAACAGCCACCACACAUUCCACAGAUCGCACAACCCUUGACUGUCGAUGAAUCCCCUGUUACGGAAGCUUCUCCUCAGGAUAUGGAGAGUGAUCGUCUUCGAAAAGAGAUUAUGCGCUCUUUCAGCAGCGACGAGAUACCCGGUGUUGUUCCGGUGCCACAGGCUCAGAAUAUCGAUUCCGAAGAGCCCAAAUCUCGGCCUCACCACGAAAGUACGUAUUUGCCUAGUGAAUAUGACAGCUACUGGGGCGAGCAGGGGAUCCCUCCGACCAGUCCACUGCAGGUCAGGUCUGCUAUCUCGCCUUCUGAGCCUGUCACUCUCGUUAUAAACCCUCAGUCGACGGAAAACGCUCCCUCCACUGAACCUGUGCAAAGUUCCGGUGCAUCCAAGCCACGCCCAACGUUGAAGAAGAAGUUCUCAUGGGAAACAUCUGACGACUCUGAAGAAGAUGUCCUUGAAGAAACCCCAGUCUCUGCGGCAUCUCCUCACUCCACGCAACCACAACCAGUUGUCGCUGCGGUAUCGGAAACUAUUGAUAGUAUUUCAGUGCCUCUGCCAAGUCAAACUUCUACCGAGAUAAAUCCAGAAGCCUUUGGCAGCUCAAACAUCCAGCCUUCUUUGCCGGAGUACCCCACAGCAGAGAAGGAAGUUCUUGAGCAAUUCGAGAAGCAAGCAGAAGAACCCCAAAGCACCCUGGAAUAUAUUGCACCAAUUCAGGAACCUGAACCUUCCGCAUUCAGUGAGAUAGAUGGCAAUACUCUUCCACCCCAAACACAGCCUGUUACUGCUCCGGUCAACGAAGCAUCAUUGCCAACUUUCCGUAAAAUAAUGGAGAUUUCGGCAGCUAGUGAAAAAAUACAGGUAUUCAACGACACCCGGGAACAGUUUGCCCAUAUUGAUAGCGGUCUGUCCGACUGGAUUCGACGUUCAAGCGAAUCUCUUCCCGAGCAUGCAGAUUUGAUCCAAGCCAAUGGCAGCCUACCAGGUGGUGUACCAAUUAGCGGGUUACCUCCUAGGGCUAAGUUCCCAAAAUUGUCCUCUCUCGGAAACUUAUCUUUACCGUCUACUUCAUCGCACGGUCCAGAUGGGUCCGGUUCUGGGUUUACUCCUGGACAUAACAGGCGUGGAUCAGGCUCGCAUAUUACCGGUGUCAUCAACAGAUCGAAUGUUGAAUCUAAAGGAAAGGAUUUCCUUCACAGUGCUGGAGCUCUAGGUGGAAAGGCUGGUGGAAAGGCUGCUGGAGCUGCACGUGGACUAUUCGCCAAGGGCAAGAACAAAUUUCGAGGAGGCGACAAGGGAAUGUCGUCCAUAUUCCGCGCCCAGCGGCGCCAAAGUUGGGCAACGAGCACUGCUGACUCUGAUGCUCAAUCUUCUGAACUAGAAUUUGACGACCAACAAGAAAUAGUCAAUUUUUCAGUCACUUCACGAUACUCAUUACAGCCCGUUCCGCGAAUCCCAUCGUUGAGACUUGGUGAUGGUAAAUUAUUUGGAGACUCGUUUGAUGGCGGCGAGGCGUUUUCGAUGCAUGCGCGGUCUUUCUCCGCUGAUUUCAGUGGAAAGAUGAGAUCGCUUACCGAAGGAGAGCCUAUUGCAUUCAGACCGGAGAGGACCAGUUCUUUGAGACGGACGAUGAUGGCUUUCGAGAGCGACCCUGAUAAGAGUAGUAGGGCUGGAGAUUCGUCUACGGUGCAGGAUGGUAUUUCAAUUGCGAUGGGUUCACAUGAGAGUGGUGACUUGGGGAGUGUGGAGGACCUUAAUACUCCUAUAGUUGCGACUAGCAUCCAUGGCACAAACAAUACAAUACUCGAGAGAAAGCCAGGGGAAACUUCUGUUGGAAAGAGCGGACCGCCCCAUACGGAUGUUCAUACCAUGGACAAAGAUCGUUCUAGUUCGGCGAACAAUGUUGGUAAUUAUUCCCAACCGAAUACGACUAGUCACGAGGGGACUAUUUCACCACUCAAUGUUUCCCCACAGAUGUCACCACCUCUGAAACACGAACCGUCGCAGUCAAACAACCAGGUGUCGCGAUUAAGCCAAAACAAUGAUAUACCUGAUACGGCAUCCCCCCAACCUACCAUCAAGCCUACGAUGCAGCAAACACUGCCUGAUGCCGUGAACUCAAUGGAUGAAAGUUUUCGUAGCCCAGUUUCACCUCCACUACCUCAAGGUAGCAAAUUAGAUGUCCCAGAGCCUGCAAAUCGACGAGACUCCAUCAUCUCCCAAAUAUCGGAGAUUAGUCAAGAUGAGAUGGAUCGGAUCCGCGAAAAGUUUGACGAAGAUGGAGUUUACGCUGGACUCGGAGACCCAUCGCCCACGCGAUCUCAGGUCUCAGAUCUCACAGAGGACGACGAUGACGUCGAUGACGCUAUAAGAGAGAAGCUAGACGAAGCUGGGUUCCACUCUGAUCCAGAAAAGGACACUUAUGAGAGCUUUCCUAGACCCGCGACAGCCUCAUCAAAUCAACAGGCUAUACGUGUUGUGAGAAUGUCUCGGUUUUCUAUUGAUAAGAAAACGAUGCAAAGCACCGAAGAGGACACAACACGGCACUCCAGAUUCUCGUUCGAGGGCGAGGGGAAUACACUUGCGGAACAGGCAGAGGAGAUGCUUGUCAGCGGGCAUGCACGACGCUCAAGGCAAACUGACUACCCCGGCGGAAAUGAUGCUGGACUGGAAGGAUCUCAAGUUCCUGUAACCCUGGGUGAAGACGCACCGGAUGAGGCUCCACCACCCUUCCCUGAUAGUGGGGCUGAAUGCAGGGAAGACCACAAGGAGCAACAAGAACCCCAAGAACAGACUCCAGCGUAUGAUGAUAAUAAUCCGGAUCGAUGCAACGGACAAUCUUUGCGAGCAAAAAGGGCCAAAAGUCCGCCUGGAUAUCAGCCAAUUCAGUCUCCGCCACCGUCGCAUAUUGAUACGUUGUGGAAGACUGGCCGAUUACAGGAUUUGCGCACGAAUCGUGAUUCAAUCGCAUCUUCGUCCGUGUCGUCUAUAAGCAAUCCGAAUGUUAACCCAAACGCUCCUAGAAUGACAGUAUCACCAGGACCACCUCUUAGCGGUGGUCAGAAUCAACGUCGCCUAAGUCACAACGUCGAAUCAAACCACCCACAAAACUUACCGUGUAUCGGCGAUGUGACUGCAUCCGAUAGACCAGGUUUGUCACUAUGGGCAAAUCACGGACGGCCUGAACAAAGCCAACAACAUUCUUUCGACGGAUCUGGGUUGAAUCCUCCAAUUCUUUCCGGUAGCUCCUCUGGAAGACGUGAUAGGGACAGUCUUCAUAGUGGUGAUAGUAUGGCAGUACAGGCUGCUUCUUCUCGUCAGGAUUUACGCACGACACCGUCGCCAUUGAUUUAUGGUAGUGAAACUGCUUCGGAACAUUCCAAUCACGGUAAAAUGUCUACUCAACUUCUGAGUAAGGUCAAGUUUAUGGGGAAGAGGACCAAGGGUGCUCCAGCGCCCGCCAGUGUACCGCUGGUAGAGGCGGUUGACGCCAAGGUUGUUGAGAGAAGGAAAGAAAAGAAGAUUGAUGGAAAGAAAGGGGCUUUAUCGAGAUUUGGGGGUAUCUUUAAUCGCGCGGGCCCCAAUCAGCGACCUGGAGAAAGAGUCCAACCGGCCCAAAACUCUCAAGCUAGUCACGAUUCUUGGGGAAAUGGUGCGCAUCCAAGCUAUCCGCCAGCAGCAAACCAGCAGCAAGGCUAUAUGCCGACAACGGCAUCAAGCCGGCACACCUCGAUGCCAACACAGGAUAAAGGCCUACCACCUCCGCCAGGUGGAUAUUAUGCUCCUCCUUCUAAGCCUGUCUAUGAACCUCCUGUCAACUACGGGCACCAGAUAAACCCGCAAUAUGAGAACGCUUAUGUGGGUGGAUAUCAGCAUACACCGGCGCCAGCUCAGUAUGCACCAAGCAAUGGACAGUAUUCGCACCCUUCAACACUGCCGCCUCAGUCACCACCGUUUCAAUCUCAAGCACAGCUACGACAGCCGCAGCUACAACCCCAACCAGCGCAGUACGAACCAAGCAAUGACCACUAUGCUUAUCACUCAUCGGCUCCUCUUCAUUCCCAACCACAGUUACAUCGACAACCAGAGCAAUACGCACCACGCGAGGACCAGUACGCCUAUCAGCCAUCUCAGCCCCAACCACAGCUCCAACCACAACCCCAAAACCAAAUCUCCACCUCCAGCCGGUCCUACAACAACAUUUCCCCAACCAUCAACAGCAGUAACAGCAGAGCCUCCAACGCCUCUCCCGGACUCGAACAAUCCCGCAGCCGUGCCCACGACCUACGCGUGCGUUCCCGCAGCCCCCGACCCGUCCAAAUGCGCACAACAACAUCACGAAGCGAAAACGUCAAUUACGCUGACCCAGCAUACAAUCUCGGCAAAUUUCACGCCGUCACAGAAACGGCCCGGAUCGGUGAUCAAUCGCUACCGUUUCCGAUCACGCUUCCAGAAGAUUUGGCCAAUGGAAAGUUGUCGCCUAGGAACUCGAUACAGCCUGAAUCAUCUAUAUUCCAUAAUCGAAACAAAUUUUCUGCCGGAGGAGAAAAUGCAGGAUUGAGCGUCAACCAGGAGACUCGAACGUCUAUCAUGUCUGACAGUGCAAGUGCCGGUCCUACAACCACCACAACACCAAGUAUUACUACACCAGGCCACAAUAAUCGCGCGAGGAAUUCGGAAACAUACGAAACAAGACCCGUAAUCGCCAAAAACACAAGCCCCGUCGAACUUCCCGUGCCCAGUGAUAGCGACGAGGAGGAGAUCGUCAUGUCUAGCACCGCAUACCCCGGGCAGGAAUGGCAACCUGCUGGGUUUGAGCAGUGGAUGCCUUACUAA